AUGUAUAUAGCAAGAACUCUGGCCGUACGGUCAUAUAUCAGGGUACCACGAGUGCUGAAUAUAUCAUAUUUGCGGUAUCAUUCCACCAGUCCUGAUGGUGAAUCAUCGACACAAGCCAAUCAAACUAUUUCCAAUAAACAAUUGUUAUACACCACUGAUCCAUUAUCACCAGGUUCUAUAUUCUUCUUGCCACAUGGAACUAGAAUAUUCAAUAAAUUAGUUCAAUUUAUGAAGAAUCAACAAACUAAAUAUGGAUUCCAAGAAGUAAUCACACCAUUGAUUUAUAAAUCUAAACUUUGGGAAACAUCCGGACAUUGGCAAAAUUAUCAAGAUGAUAUGUUCAAAGUUAUAGGAAACGAUGCUUCGAAAGAAGAAACUAUAAGUGAAGAAGAUGAUGGUUUACACGACUAUGGAUUAAAGCCAAUGAACUGUCCCGGUCAUUGUUUAAUUUAUAGUAAAUUCGAUCGUUCUUAUAAUGAAUUACCUAUUAGAUAUUCAGAUUUUUCAUCCUUACAUAGAAACGAAGCUAGUGGUUCUCUUACUGGUCUUACAAGAGUAAGAAGAUUCCACCAAGAUGAUGGUCAUAUAUUUUGUGAACUUAACCAAAUUGAUCAGGAAAUCAAAAAUACCAUCAAUCUUAUUAAAGAUACAUAUAAAGUGUUUGAUAUGGAAGAAGGUGAUAUUGAGUUUUAUUUAUCAACUAGACCCGAAGAUAAAUAUCUUGGAGAUCUUGAAACUUGGAACAAUGCUGAGUUACAACUUAAGACUGUGCUAGACAGCGUUGUUGGCGAAGGUAAGUGGAACAUCAGGGAAGGAGAUGGUGCGUUUUAUGGUCCAAAGAUCGAUGUUCUUUUAACUGAUGCUUUCAAAAAGAAACAUCAAGUUGGUACAAUUCAAUUAGAUUUCCAGCUUCCAUCCAGAUUCGAAUUAUCAUAUGUGUCCAAAGAUGGUUCUCGUGAUAACCAACCAAUUCUUAUACACAGAGCUGUAUUUGGGUCAUUAGAAAGAUUUUUUGCUAUUCUUCUUGAUCAUUACCAAGGUAAAUGGCCAUUCUGGAUCAAUCCAAGACAAGCAAUAAUCAUACCAAUUAACGACAACCAUAUAUCAGCAGCAGAAGCUUUACAAAAGAAGUUGUCUGGGGAUAUUUUAAAUACUGAUAGUGAUACCAUGUCACCUAUAACUGGAUAUAACUUUUAUGUUGAUGUUGAUUCCAGAAAGGAAACCACAGGAGCAAGAAUCAAGGAAGCUAUUCAAAAAGGUUAUUCAUAUAUUAUAAUGAUAGGUGAUAAAGAUAUUGAAAAUGGCACAGUUGCAAUUAGACAUAGAGACAAUAGAAAAGUUUCCAAUUUGUCUGCCGAUGAGGUAUACAAAAUGUUUAUAGAAUCAGAAAAAGCUUACAAAUAG